CGGACAUAAUUUGUUUCAAACAGACGCACCGUUUUUAAAAUCCUUAGUUCAGCGUCAGAGGUGACUUGUAACAGUGCUCUAUCACCUGUAGCCUUGUGUUUUCCUGUAUUUUACAGGGCUAUACGCGAUUUUUAAAGCUUUAGGCACCACUAUAGGAAGCUUAGGUAUCUUGUGUUAACGUGUGUCAUAUCUGAAGGUGAAUUUUUGAGCGAUGGCACGGCAUAAGGAGGAUAUAAAGAUUCCCGAAGUACCAGAAGUGUUGGAGGACCCCACCACCCACCGUCGCUAUGUCCGCGGCCGGUUCUUGGGCAAGGGCGGAUUCGCCCGUUGUUAUGAACUUACAGACCUCCAGACCCGGCAGAUUGUGGCCGGGAAGAUCGUCCCGAAAGUGCUGCUGUCCAAACCGCACCAGAAGGACAAAAUGACGAUGGAGAUUGCGAUCCACCGCAGUUUGAAUCACCCACACAUCGUUGCAUUCCACGGCUUUUUCGAGGAUAAGGACUUUGUCUACGUUCUGUUAGAGUUGUGCAGAAGACGGUCCAUGAUGGAGCUGCACAAGCGGCGUAAGACGGUGACAGAGCCCGAGGCGAGGUACUACAUGAUGCAGACGCUGAAGGCCUGCCUCUACCUGCACGACAACAAGGUCAUCCACCGCGACCUCAAACUGGGAAACCUGUUCCUCAACGACGAGCUGGAGAUCAAGGUUGGAGAUUUCGGCCUGGCCACCAAGGUCGACUUCGACGGAGAGAGGAAAAGGACACUCUGUGGAACACCAAACUACAUCGCUCCUGAGGUUCUGGGGAAGAAGGGACACAGUUAUGAGGUGGAUGCCUGGUCAAUAGGCUGCAUCAUGUACACCCUGCUGUGUGGCAAACCUCCGUUUGAGACCCACAGUCUGAAGGAGACGUACAUGCGCAUCAGGAAGAACGAGUACUUCAUCCCUCAGCGCGUCAGCCCCACCGCCCGCGCUCUCAUCGCCAAACUCCUGCAGUCCGACCCCGGCGAGCGCCCCACGGUGCAGCAGAUCAUCGAUGACGAGUGGUUCCGCUCCGGCUACAUGCCGUCACGACUCCCCGUCACGUGUCUCACCAUGGCGCCCAGGUUCCCCGCAUCUGCCACCAGGAAUCCUCUCAGGGAACUCAACAGCAAAGAUGGCAGUAACACCAACACCGUAGGUUUGAAGGAGAACCAGCCCCAGUCCAAGUCAGGAGGAACUCAGGAGAACAUCAAGCCUGGACUGGCCAGGUUGAACUCUAAAGGUGAAGACGAGGCAGUCCCUGACUACUACCUGUCAGACAUGAUGGGGCAGCUGUCUUCUGUACUCGCCGCAAGGCCAACAGAGAAAGUCAAAGGAAAUGAAGAGGAUGCAGAAGACCCAGCAGCGAUCCCAGUGUUGUGGGUGAGCAAGUGGGUCGACUACUCCGACAAGUAUGGGCUAGGUUACCAGUUGUGUGAUGGCAGUGUUGGAGUGUUGUUUAAUGACUCGACCAGACUGUUACUGUACGCUGACAGUGAACAGACUCAGUACAUCGAGAGGGACGGUACAGAGUCCUACCACACCAUCAAAACAUUCCCAGAGUCACUCACAAAGAAGGUGACCCUACUGAAGUACUUCCGUAACUACAUGAGUGAACACCUGCUGAAGGCCGGAGCUAACAUCGCGCCGCGGGAGGUGCAGGAGAUGGCGCGGCUGCCGUUCCUCAGGAUGUGGUUCCGCACGCGCAGCGCCAUCGUGCUGCACCUCAGCAGCGGCACGCUACAGAUCAACUUCUUCCAGGAUCACACCAAGAUCAUCCUCUGCCCCCUCAUGGGAGCGGUAACCUACAUCGACGAGAAGCGAAACUCUCGAACCUUCCGUCUGUCCCUGAUCGAAGAACACGGGUGCAGCAAGGAGCUCUUCACUCGCCUGCGCUACGCACGCACCAUGGUGGACAGGCUUAUCGCUUCCAAGUCCGGAUCUGGGCGCGUGAAAACCGCAACAUAACUUAGUUAGCUCAGAACUGUAGUCUUCACUUUCCUUGAACUGCCAUCUACUAAAAAUGCAAGCAUAAUAUAGAAUAUUGCAAUGACUGUUGGAAAAUUUAUUGCUUGAUGGCAUCUUUUUAAAAGAAAUCUACUUUUCAUUUGAUGUAACUCUAGCAGACGUAGCGUUUUAGGGUGAUUAGCGUCCCGUUUGUCACUUAAGCAUCAAGAAUCAUACUGAAGUCCUUGGUAUCUUUUAGCUUGGGGCCCUUUCUUAGUGAGAAACAUGAUAGAAAUGGUAACACUUUCAGCUAAAGCGAUAAAUGUUUGUAUGAAAGAUGUCUCCUUGAGUGUGUGUUUUGUAAAGGAAUCUUUCAAACUUCAAAGAGUUUGUUUCUCGUAACAUUGCAGUCUUUGUUGUAUGUUGUAUCUGCUAAAAGAAGAAAAGUCCUUAGCCAUGAACGUGUAAAAUAUAAGCACAUAGAUAGCAGAUACAUUGGUUCAGUAAAAGUAUCCAAAUGAGCAAGUUUAAAUGGUGCAACAUUGCAUGAAGGUUCAGAAUACUAAACCUACUUUAAUUUGGAAUGUCAGAUUCUUCUGUUUGUCAAGCUGCAGUAGUCUUUGAUUAGUGUGUCUUUUGUUUUGAAAUAUGGAAAGAUGAACUGUUUAGCUGACAAUUUGAGUGAUAGUCUAGAAGAAUACAUUUGAUCUUUGAGUGUGUGGAAAUACAUCUAACUUGGUGCAAUGACUAAGCUGUAGAAGAAAGCACAACCCCGUUGUGUUACAUUUAAAAAUGACAGUUCAGGCAAACUGUUAUCUUUGUCCUAUGACUUGUAAUAUAUGCCAUACUUUUCUGGAGUAUCAAUGCAUCACAUUCUUCAUUGUGUAUUUUUAAACCAAUAGUCUGUUUUAGAGUGUGUGUAGGAGUGUAACAGUUGAGCAUACUGUAAAAAGCUUACCUUGCUUUUAUUUCAGGACAUGUUUUUUGCUGCAGAUUUUCAUACAACAUUAAGGACACAGAGUUUGUAAUUGUAAGAUGUUAGAUUUUUUUCCUCUGUCUUGUACAAGAAACUGUCAUUCUCACCUUGCCGCCAGAUUGAUUUGAAUUUUUCUUCCUUCAUCUCAACAUGAUGCUUCAGUAGAAAUCUUUGUGUAUACUUUUCCGCUAGAUUUGCUUUUUUGAUGGUUUCUUGUUUUUAUUUACUGGUUAUCCCCAAUGAGAGUCUGUAUUCUCGUAAAUUUAUGAAUUUUUUUUUGUUGUGAGGACACCUGUUUUGUAAGUUUGAUGAAAUGUACAAAGGUAACCAAACAUUUUUGCUGAUGUAUGAAUGAUAUAUGCUAGUAAUAGAUGAACAAUAAAUCAUAUUAUGGA